CUUCCCUUCCACACUACUCCUUCUCCACAAAGAAAAUCUAAAAUACGCCUCAACCGUUACUCCAUUCCUCUCUCUCUCUAUCUACUCUCUCACACACACAACACACACUACCACAUGGCCACAGCUCUAUCCGUCCGGCCCAGCCGCACCAUCUCGGGUUCGGACCGGCCCGGAUCGACGUCCUUCCGCCGGACCGGGGUCGUUAACGCGCUCAACCCGGGCCGCCGGCGCCCCUGGAGCGCUCUGUUCGCCCGGCGCAUGUUAGCAUCAGCGCCGCUGCGGGCCUCGCGAGCCGACGACUCCGCGCCGUCGGAGAUGUCGGUGGAGAAUGCUCUCAAAUUGCUCGGAGUGUCCGAAGGUGCGUCGUUCGAUGAUAUUCUCCGAGCGAAGAAUUCGAUCGUUGCGGCUUGUAAAGAUGACCAGCAAGCAAUUUCUCAGGUGGAAGCUGCAUACGACAUGCUGCUGAUGCAAAGCUUAUCGCAACGGAGAGCAGGGAAAGUUGUAAGCAGUAGCAUCAGGUAUGCUGAUGUUAAGCCAGUAAGUGCUCCCAAAAUGGAAUCAAUGCCAAAAUGGCUGCAGAAUUCUGUGAAAAGCUCGCCUGUUUCUGUGGAAGCACCAUCCACUAGCGAGUUAGGCGUGCAAGCUGGGGUCUAUGGAGCUCUAAUGGUUUUGACGUAUGUAAAUGGAGCUUCGUCACCUUCCGCAGCACCAUAUGCUGGAGCCGAUGUUCCCGGCCUCAUUCUAGCCACCAGCUUUGGUGCAUCCUUGUACUUCAUGACCAAGAAGAACGUCAAACUAGGAAAGGCAACUGUGAUAACGAUUGGGGGGCUCGUGGCUGGUGCAGUGGUGGGCUCAGCGGUGGAGAGCUGGUUGCAGGUUGACAUUGUCCCGUUUAUGGGAAUACAAUCUCCGGCUACCGUUGUGAGCGAAUUCGUACUCUUCUCGCAGUUUUUAAUCUCCUUAUACUUGAGAUAGAUGAUAGAUUGAGGCUGAGAAGUACUCUCAAGCCUGGGAUGCCAACUCCUUGUUCAUCCCCAAAAAGUCUAGCAAUGCGUAUGUAGGGUGUAUUUUUAACACAUGUUGUACAAAAUGUAAUAUGCUUUAGAACCUAUGCCAUUAAAUACAAUUCUGUUGAAAAA